AUGAUCGCUACUAAUCCGUUGGAAAUUAUAGUCAUUGGUGCCGGAUUAAUUGGGCCUAGACAUGCGGAACAUGUUAAGAAACAUCCCGUGGCCCAUUUAUUUGGAAUAAUCGACCCUAACCCUGCAGCAGCUGAAAUAGCUUCGAAUUUGGAUACCGAUUAUUUCCCUUCUAUUUCCGAUUUGGUACAAUUUUGUAAAACUAAUGAACUCAAUCUUCCAGACGGUGCCAUUGUUUGUACUCCAAACCAUACCCAUGUUGUUAUUAGUGCCGAACUUGCUUCUUAUGGUAUCCAUUUGCUUGUGGAAAAACCACUUAGUUCUACUCCAGAACAACUGGCUGCCAUUCGAGAUUAUGCUGAGUCCAAAAACGUAAAGUUAUUGGUGGGGCAUCAUAGACGCUUUAAUCCUUUUAUUGUUGAAACAAAGAAAAACAUUGAUAAAGUGGGCCAACUCAUUGCCCUUCAAGGCUCUUGGGCUUUAAAAAAACCUGAAGAUUAUUUUAUCAAGGGUCUCUGGAGAACUGAUGCCAAAACUGGUGGGGGCUCACUUUUAAUUAAUUUGGUACAUGAUGUUGAUGUGUUACAAUAUUUAAUUGGACCUAUUGAAAGAGUUUAUGCGGAAGUGUUGGAUAAACAAAGGGAUCAUUAUCCAAAUGCAGACGAGGGUGCUGUACUUACCUUACGUUUUAAAAAUGGAUGUUGUGGAACAUUUAUUUGUUCUGAUAACGUUACUUCACCUUUUAAUUUUGAAUCAGGUACCGGUGAAAACCCCCUGAUCCCCUUUCAUGAUCAAUUGGAAGGGGUGUACCGUAUCUUUGGCUCCAAAGGUACAUUGUCAGUCCCAGACUUGAAUCUUUAUCACCAACCACUAGAAAAGGAACCUUCUUGGAAUUGUCCUGUAGAAAGGACUCCGUUGGUUGAUAAUAGAUUUGAAACUUUGUUUAGCAAUAUGCCUUUUGAUUUACAAUUGGAUCAUUUUGUCGAUGUCAUUAGAGGCAAACAAGAACCUUCUUGUAGUGCCAAUGAUGGAAUGGCUGCUUUACUUUGCAUUGAAGCCAUUAUCAAAUCCAUUGACACUGGUCUUCCUCAAUUGGUUAAACAAGUGGAUGACAUCAAACCUGAUUUCUCAUGCCUUGGUCUUGAGAAGCUUAAGAAUGGCUCUGCCUGA